CUCAAACGAGUCGAUUUGGGCCAACAAAAGAACAAACGGGUCAUUCUGAUGGUUCACCCAAAGACCCCAAAACAGAAGCGUCUUCUUCGUUAAACAUCAUCUUCUUCUUCUUUUUCCUGCUUGAAUCCUCUCGUCAAUAACUGAUUCAUCAUCUUCGUUCAAAUCUCUACCCUGUUUAAACCAGUUGAACUUCUGCUAAAACCCCUUGUUGCAUAGCUGGCGAUUGAGUGAUUCAAAGCUAUUCUAAGUGGGAAUGCAAAAGUUGCUUCAUGCUAGAAAGGGCAUUCUUGAUACACCAAAAAAGGUAUGCCUUUUAGCUUAUUGCUGAUGUGGGGUUAAGACUUAAAGAACCCCAUGAUGCCUGUGAACAAUUUGAGAAAAUGACAUCACUACGUUCUAGUGGAUAUGUGGAUCCUGGAUGGGAGCAUGGUACUGCUCAAGAUGUAAAAAAGAAGAAAGUGAGAUGCAAUUAUUGUGGGAAAGUAGUUAGUGGUGGGAUUUAUAGAUUGAAACAACAUUUAGCCCGAGUUUCAGGAGAAGUAACAUAUUGUGAAAAGGCCCCUGAAGAAGUCUGCUUAAAGAUGAAAGAAAUCAUGGAAGGAUGUCGAAUUGGUAAGAAACCAAAACAAAUUGAAUAUGAUGAACAAGCAUAUCUCAAUUUCCCUUCUAAUGAUGAUGUUGAAGAGGAAGAGCAUGUUGGAUAUAGGAACAAAGGGAAACAGUUAGUAGGGGACAAGGGUUUAGUGAUAAACAUGGCGCCUCUUAGGUCAUUAGGGUAUGUUGACCCUGGUUGGGAACAUGGGGUUGCUAGAGAUGAAAGGAAGAAAAAGGUUAAAUGCAAUUACUGUGAUAAAAUAGUGAGUGGAGGGAUUAAUCGAUUCAAGCAACAUUUAGCUAGAAUACCUGGUGAAGUUGCACCUUGUAAAAGUGCACCUGAAGAAGUUUAUUUGAAGAUAAAAGAAAAUAUGAAAUGGCAUCGAACUGGAAGGAGGCAUAGAAGACCUGAAGCUAAACAAGCUUCACCUUUUUACAUGCACUCUGAAAAUGAAGAUGAAGAAGAUGAACAAGAGGAAGAUGAAAUACAAGGACAAGGGCAUCUACUAAUGAGCAAUGAGAAACUAUUAUUAGGCGAUAAAAAAAGAUUCACAAGUGAUUCAAGAAGAUCCGAUUCCUUUUCAAAAAAACCAAAAUCCGAAACCCUUUUGAUACAUUCACAUUCACAUUCACAUUCACCAAAGAGUCAAAUACCAGGUAAAGUAUCACGAAAGGAGGUGAUGUCAGCAAUUUGCAAGUUUUUUUAUCAUGCAGGAGUUCCCACACAUGCAGCAAACUCACCUUAUUUCCAUAAGAUGUUGGAGAUGGUGGGACAAUGUGGACAAGAAUUAGUGGGUCCCACAAGUGUUAUGUUAUCAGGAAGGUUUUUACAAGAUGAAAUCUUGUCCAUUAAAACGUAUCUAGCUGAGUAUAAAGCUUCAUGGGCAGUUACUGGUUGUUCUAUAUUAGCAGAUAGUUGGAAAGAUUCACAAAAUCGGACAUUAAUCAAUAUUUUGGUUUCUUGUCCACGUGGUUUACACUUUGUUUCUUGUAUUGAUGCCACUGAAUUUGUCGAAGAUUCACAAAGUUUAUUCAUGUUUCUUGAUAAAGUUGUGGAUGAGAUGGGUGAGGAAAACAUUGUUCAGGUUAUCACUGACAACACACCGAGUUAUCAAGCAGCUGGAAAGAUGCUCGAGGAAAAAAGACAAAAUCUAUUCUGGACUCCUUGUGCUUCUUCUUGUAUCGAACAAAUGCUUGAAGAUUUUUUAAAAAUAAAAUGGGUUGCAGAAUGUAUAGAAAAAGGACAAAAAAUCACAAAGCUUGUUUACAACCAUAUAUGGUUAUCAAGCUUAAUGAAAAGAGAAUACACAGGGGGACAAGAGCUUCUUACACCAUCUUUCACCCAAAAUUCUUCAAGUUUUUCAACAUUACAAACCCUAAUGGAUCAUAGAAUUUCUCUCAAACGAUUAUUCCAAUCCACUAAAUGGCUUUCAUCUCAAGUUUCAAAAUCAGAAGAGGGUGAAGAAGUUGAAAAAAUUGUAAUGAAUACUACUUUUUGGAAAAAGGUGCAAUAUGUUAGGAGAUCAGUGGGCCCUAUUCUUGAAGUGCUUCAAAGGAUCAACAGUGAUGAUGGACUUUCAAUGGCAUAUAUAUACAAUGACAUGUACAAAGCAAAACUUGCUAUAAAAAGUAACCAUGGUGAUGAUGCAAGAAAAUAUGGAAACUUAUGGAGCAUAAUAGACAAUCACUGGAAUUCAUCUCUCAAUCAUCCUUUGUAUCUUGCUGCUUACUUUCUAAAUCCAUCCUACAGAUAUCGACCUGAUUUUGUUAUAUAUCCUGAAGUUGUUCGUGGACUAAAUUCAUGCAUUGUUAGGUUUGAGCCAAACAAUUCCAGAAGGGUUUCAGCAUCAAAACAGAUUUCAGAUUUUGGUUCUGCAAAAGCUGAUUUUGGAACUGAUUUGGCUAUUAGCACUCGAACAGAACUAAAUCCAGCUGCAUGGUGGCAACAACAUGGGAUAAACUGUCUGGAGCUUCAACAGAUUGCUGUAAGGAUAUUGAGUCAAACAUGUUCAUGUUAUGGGUGUGAGCAUAAUUGGAGCAUAUAUGAUCAGAUUCAUAACAAGAGGCAGAAUCGAAUUGCACAAAAAAGAUUGAAUGAUUUUAUCUAUGUUCAUUACAAUUUAAGGCUUAGGGAAAGACAAAUUAGGAAGAUGAUGCCAAACACAUCGGCUUCCAUGGACACUGUUCUUCAAGAAGCUCUAUUGUAUGAUUGGAUUGUGAAGCCAGAAAAACAAGCAUAUCAAGAAGACGAGGAGCUUUGUAGUGAAAUGGAACAAGGGGAUAUAUAUGAGAAUGGGUUGGUGGAAUAUGAAGAGGGGAGGAAGGGUUCAUUACAGGUGGUGACAAUGGUGGAUAUUGAGCCAUUAGACACUCAUCCAAAUCCAGUCAACAAUGUUGAAGAUGAAGAUGAUGACUUAAAUUUUCUUGAUGAUGGGUUGAGUGAUUCAUAGGUGGGUUGUGGCACAUAAUGCUAGAGGAAGAGUGUUGUAUAGGGUGGUGUUAAUGUUAUGAUGUUUUACCACUUGUUGUAAUGCAAAAUGAUGUAAUGUUUGUUUUUGUGUUGGUUUUUAUGAAAGGGCAUUGGGUUCUUAA